AUGCGGGCAACACCGUCACUCAUGGGCAAGGGCUUCUGGGCCCGAAGCUUAGAACAGUUCCAAAGGAGCGCAAGCAUUGCUCUCAAAGCCGAAGCAAUUAAAGGCGCCCAAGGCCCUUUCAUGCUCCAAGAUUUCCGCGCGCCCGGCUCGACAGAAGACUGCAAGCUACUGUCUGAUAAGGAGAUCGGUGGCUUCUCCAAAGUCGCCCUCGACUGGGUUCCUUUUGCCUCCCAGACACAUCCCGCAUCAUCCUCGACGCCAGCAUCAGAGAGCAGCACCUCAACAGGCACAGGCUACGCUCGUUUUCACGGAACGAUAUCUACUGAACUUCCGAAAGACAACCCAAAGAUUCAACGUACGGGCUUCGCGGCAUGGAGGACACCGGAUCAGCAACCGACAAUGUUCGGCAAGUCAGUGUGGGAUAUUGAUCCGUAUGUUUACCUCGCCAUGCGCGUAAAGUCAGACGGCAGGAGUUACUUCAUCAACCUGCAAACGGAAUCAGUCGAGCCGACAGAUCUGCAUCAGCAUAGAUUAUUCACCAAGCGGCCGGGCGAGUGGGAGACCGUGUUUGUCAAGUGGAACGAUUUCGUACGAACGAAUCAUGGAUUCGUGAUUGAACCGCAGACAGAGAUGUUGAGGUCCAAGGUCACGACUGUUGGCAUUGGACUUACUGAUCGUAGGCCAGGCCCAUUUGAGCUUUGCAUCGAAAGGGUGUGGGCUACAAACAACCUUGAGGAGGUUGAAGCGGGGGAGGCGGAAGCGGAUGAGGCUGCUACAGAGAAGGCGAGGCAGGCGAGAGAAAGUGAAUUGAAGAAUCGGCAGGGGCAGAGUAUUAGGUGGUCUACCAGGUAA